AUGACAUCAAGUCAAGAAGGUCAUGGGCUUGCUUCUAUAUCUUUAACACAUGUUUAUUUCAAUCCUUCAGAUAAAAUAUCAUAUGCCUUUGCUUAUAUUACAUUAUCUCCUAUUGCGAUACUUGUCUUUUAUGCUUCUGUUAUUGUCUCACGACGUGAAAUGGCAGGUAUAUUGAUGUUAGUAGGUCAAUUAACAAAUGAAGUUGUCAAUUAUAUCUUAAAAGAAACUAUUGAACAAGAAAGACCUUAUGCUCAUCUUGGUGAUGGAUAUGGUAUGCCUUCAAGUCAUUCACAAUUUAUUUGUAUUUAUCUUGGUUAUCAUACGUUAAAUCAAGUUUUGAUUGGAUCAUUCGUUGGUGCUUUAUUUGGUAUCGUUUGGUAUAAGUUUGUGAAUCUACUUCGUACAAUGAAUGUUAUUCAAUUUAUAUUAGACACAGCAAUUGCAAAAAAGUUAUAUUUAAAAGAUAUGAUUUACAUUGAUAAUGUUGCACGUUGGGAGUAUAAUGAAUGGUUAAAGGAAAGGAAGAAAAAAGAGAAUAAACAAUUAGAUUAA